AUGAGCAGCAGCCAGGGCCAAGGUGGCCGAGGCCGCCGUGAGGUUGCCUUGCCAGUGGUGGCGUGCCCGCCCCAACAGCAUCCACGGCCAAGGGAGCCGAUUAUCCUGUCGCCGGAACACCGGACGCGCAACCGGCCGUUGAUGUGCAGCAUCCUGCUGUGCUGCAUCGUCUUCUGGGCAGCAGUCACCGGCGCUGGCUUCUCCGUGCUCAUCAUCGUCCUCGCCUACCACCCGAAGGUGCCUGUGCUCUCCCUCAACACCGCCUCGCUGAACGCCGGCUACCUUGACGAGCACACCGUCUCCGGCGGUCCCAGCAGCGUCCUGGCGCUCAACGCCGACCUCACCGCGCUCGUCAUCUUCUCCAGCGGCAACACGAAGAUCGACGUCGAGCUGGACCAUAUGCAGCUCGACCUCUACUUCAAGGGCCACAUGAUCGGGACGCAGAUGUUUCCGGCCACACUGCGGGAGGGACCAGGAGACAACCUGCUCCGGAGCGUGCACUUGGUCGCCAGCGAGGUUCCGCUGCCGCAGGAGGACGCCGAGGCGUGGCGCAACGCGACGGCGAAUGGCGGGCCUGUGGUACUCCGUCUCGCCGGCCGUUUCCGCGCGCGGCUCUUUAUCGGCCCGUGGCUCCGGUUCCCGCUCAAGGUCUACCCGCACUGCACGCUGUGGCUCCGGCCGCCGCCCGGUGGAAUCCUGCUCGAGUCACGCUGCAGGCAGUAA